GCAGGGUAGAGAGAGGAGCAGCCCCCCGCGGAGAGAGAGAGGAGCAGCCCCCCCGCGGGCAGUAGACCACCGCUCUGUCCCCGGGCUGGUUAGUGCGGAUCACUCCAGCCCUGCCGGAGCUCCUCGGACCCCGUGUUCAAUGCCCGGAGGACCCAGCGCCCCGCGUCCGGAGGAUACCCCGGCCGACCGCUGAUGGGGCCACCAGAGGCGCCCCUUUCCUUCAGACCCAGCGCCGAGCGGACCAUGCCAUGAUGAUCCUCCUUCCUCUGCUGUUACUGCUGAGCUCCCUGGGCUCGGUGUCGCCGGUGUCCCCGCCGGUGUCCCCGCCGGUGUCCCCGCCGGUGUCCCCGGGGUACGGGAGGACUGAGGGAGCCCCGUGUUCCCGGGGCCCUGCGUGCGACCCCCGGCGGCGGCGGGAUGCGGGGGGGCGCGGCGGCGUGUACGAGCACCUCGGGGGAGCGCCGCGGCGCAGGAAACUUUACUGCGCGACCAAAUACCAUCUGCAGGUCCACCCGUCCGGGAGGGUCGACGGGUCACUGGAGGAGAACCACCAGCUUAGCAUCAUGGAGAUCACCGCGGUGGACGUGGGCGUUGUGGCCAUCAAAGGGAUCUUCUCGGGUCGGUACCUGGCCAUGAACGACAAAGGGCGUCUGUACGCCUCGGAGGUGUUCAACAGGGAGUGUGAGUUCAUCGAGCGGAUCCACGAGCUGGGCUACAACACGUACGCGUCGCGCCACCACUCCACCGAGCAGCCGGCGGCGCCGGGGCCCUCGGGGGCCCGGCGCCGGGCCAGCGCCAAGCGGCAGUGGUACGUGUCCAUCAACGGGAAGGGCCGGCCGCGGAGGGGCUUCAAGACCCGCAGCACGGACAAGGCCUCCCUGUUCCUGCCCCGCGUCCUCGGCAACAAAGACCACGAGAUGGUGCGGCGUCUGCUGAGGGAGCGCCAGGGGCCCUCCAGGGGCCCCCGCCACCCCGCCCACCGCGGCGGACGCACGGACCGCAGGAGGCGCCGGCACCGGGGCGGGAAGGGCCGCGGCCGGGGGGAGGAGCACUGAGGUCCGGAGGCUGCGAUUGGCUGAGCCCGCGGCGUCUGACCCCAGACGAUUGGCCCACCGAGAGACCUAAGGCGGAGGCGUCCUGUCGGGGCUGGGAGCUCGGUAACGAGGCUGAGGAAGGCUGACAGACCGUCGGCUGAGACCAGAUCAGACGUCCCUCCAGACCGGGCCGGGGUCCUCCAGACCGGGCCGGGGUCCUCCAGACCGGGCCGGGGUCCUCCAGACCGGGCCGCGGUCCUCCAGACCGGGCCGGGGUCCUCCAGGACUGUCCGGGACAUGAAGGAGGACGCUGAGACCGGGCACACCCGAGGGACGUUGCCUGAGUCCUUAAGAACUUUUAUUAAGUCUAGUACUUCAACACACAGCAGUGUGGCCCCCCACCGUUCUCCUGUAAUACGUCAUAAACUUUAAGACCGCGUAGGACACAACAUUGGGGUAUAUUUAAGUGUUUGCAUAGUUACUAAAGUGCAGAUGAUGGACAAUGGGCAUUAGAAACAGAACAAAGCAAAGCACUUUUUAAAGAUAUAUUACUCGAUAUGGGGCCUGUGUAUUUCUGUGACAUAAUGAUGUGAUGAUCUACUAAGAAAUUUGUAUAUUUGCUGAUGCUAUAUUUAUUUGGUGCCUGUAUUUUUUUAAGUUAUUAUUGAAAGUUUUUUGACAUUUCAACAAUAUUGCUCCUUUUUACGCUCAGUGUCAUUAAUUUCACAAAACGUUUCACGGGCAGAAGAUAAUUACAAAGAAAGGAUACUCGGUCUAAACUGAUUUGUUCUUUCCUUUUAGCCGAGGGAGUUGGCCCAAGACCUUAUGUGUUAUUUUUGCCACAAUAUAAACCCCAAAGAUAGACUCCAUAAUCCCAAGAAUUCAAAAAACAGAGAAAUGUAUUUUGUUCAAUGUGUAUAUGAUUGUUUGAUUUGUUGUAACUGUUUUUAAAGAAAAGAGACAGAAACUCUGGCACAUUGUUGGUCAUUACAAACUUACCGAGGUCCACUGAUAGAAGGUGGUGCUAUUGGACACUGCUGUUUAACGUCCGACUGACACUGAGAAGAAGGGAAUGCUAGCAACAUAGGGAGGAUUUAUUUAGACAUCACUGGUAGCGAAAACACUUUGUUUUUUCCACUAACUACAUUUAUUUUAUUUAAACAUGCGUUUUUUAUCAUCUCAGUUUCCCUCCUGUGUCACUCAUCUAGUAAACCAGCUUUCCUGGAGGCCUGCUGAACUCACAACCCAGUGCGGAGAAAUAGUGCGAGCGCUAAUUUAUUGAACCCAUACAAACUCCUCUUCUAGAUGCUCAUUGUUUCAGCAGGCAGCUUAAGAGCUGCGUGUGUGAAUGGCUGCCAAACAUCUAUAGGUAGAGGAAUAUAAAGGCCUGUCAUCCUAUACCUGCGGGCAGGGGAGGCAUCCUGGCCUCACAAAGGCCCCUCCCGUGGGGGACCUGGGAAGCAGCGUCCCAGGACUGCUCGGCCUUUCUGUGGGAAAGACCGAAUGUGUGGAGUCCAUAAACAAGGAGAGCAGGUCCACACGGCAGCAGAUAGCCGCUCACACCCUGGGCCACGGGGUGCCAUGGCGUCUUAUUAACACGUUUUAUAUCAUAUAUCUUACCCUACUACUGGAGAAAUGUUGUGGAGCCCCUUCCCCGCGGGUCCCCUAUCGGGGCCCUCCUGCUAUGACUGGCCUGGUGGUGGUAAAGCAACCCCCCUUUAAGUCACUAAUGUGUGGGUGGGUAACGGUACUAUUGAUAAGGAGGACCCUGGAGGCAUCUGGAUACGAGUAACAUAAUGGCCCGAUCGCUUUGUCUCGAAUAUUCAGAAUAGAAGAUGCGAGGAGAGCAGUUGGUCUAAAGUUUUGCGGAGACUCUGGAUUAACGAGGCUGCACUAGGCUGUGUGGUCACAGGACACCAGUCAGGGCUGAGGUUCAAAGGGACACUCUGUCUGUGCUUUAGACUGGUUUACCAGCGUAAAAUAUUAGAGUCUGUCGUCGUUUGUUUAAAUAAAUGAUCAUGAUGUUCAUAUGUGUAUGAGAUGAUUAAUAAACAGAAUAAUGAUAAAUGAUGAUA